AUGACUGCAGUUCUUAGAACGAAGGCAUACCUGGGUUAUACGGUACCUGAAGAGAAUAAUACUCACAUUUACUUUAAGAAAGCAGAGGUACAAUUUUGGCAAUUUAAACACUAUUUAGAGUUUCGUCUCAAAUCUGAUAAAAUAAUUUUACCAUGGUCUACUGUUUACAACGAUUGGCAAAAAUCUCUGAAUCUUAUUGUAAAAAAUAGUAUUAGAAAGACUCCCAGCUGUAUAACUGUAUUUUGCAAAGACCUCCUUGAAAUUUGUAAAACUUUUGAAGGAUAUGCUAUAAAGAAAAGUUGUGAGAAACUCUAUAACAAAUUCUAUCAACUAAGCCUGGACAAGCAGAUUUCUGAGAGAAUUCGACUACUCGAUUCAACAAUAUUCACAGAACAAUAUAACAUAGAUAACAUACCGUCUGAAUUGUUCAAAGGUCACAAAAACAAAGAAGUGUAUGACUGUGAUGACGAAAUCUCAGAUGUUAAGACUAUAAAUUUCUCAAAUGAAGAGUUACAAGAUUUUCUCUAUCAUCACAUAUCUCAAUGUUUAUUUGCCAGUUCUGCAUUUUUUGGAAUACUUGAUUUAUCUGAGAAAGAUACAGAAGUCAAGAAACUGUUUAUCGAUGAUGAAUGGUCAGAAAUGAAAAAUGAUUUUAGCAAAACAGUGGAAUUUAAAGAUAUAAAAGAAGACGAUAAUAAGCCGGAAGAGACUAAUAACAGCG